GUUGCCUUCGUGUGACGUUGCCAUGUGGGCGUAAGCGUUAUGAACAUCAACAAAAGAGAAAAAGAGAGAGAAAGACGAGAAGGAAUAAGUCUACGCUACAGCAGAGACAACCGAUAUGUGGAUUUAACUGGCAAAAACAGUUUGAAUACUGUGGUGUAAAGUAGAGGUCACUUCUUCCAGUGCCAGCUGAGACAUGGACGCCUUCAAGCUGAUGAAGGAGCUGCGGGUGAAUUAUGAGCAGGAGGUUUAUUAUCUCCCUAAAGAGGCUGGACUGAGCCUCAUUGAAUCCACAACACGAGACGACAGUCGGAUCUCGGCCAAGUGCAGAGAUGCUAAAGUGGAGGACCUGUGGAGUCUGACCAGCUUCUUUGGUUACAGCACACAGACAUUCGUCCUGGCUGUCAACCUGCUGGACAGAUUCCUGGCCAUGAUUAGGAUCCAGCCAAAGCACCUGUCCUGUGUCAGCCUCAGCUGCCUCCACAUGGCGGCCAAAGUGACAGAGGAGGAGUGCAACCUGACGCCCACCGACGAGCUCAUCCGCAUCGGACAGUGCAGGUUCACAGUGUCUGAUCUCAGCCGCAUGGAGAAAAUCGUCGCAAAGAAGCUCAACUUCAAGUCCAACGCCAUCACUGCCUUAACCUUUCUGCACCUCUACCACCAGAUCAUACUUUCACACUCCACGGCCAGGAAGGAGACUCUGAGCCUCGAGAAACUGGAGGCUCAGCUCAAAGCCUGUCUGUGCCGGAUCUCCUUCUCUAAAGCAAAGCCGUCCGUCCUAGCAUUGUCUCUCCUGAGGCAGGAGAUCGACGCCAUGCAGUCGGAGGACAUGUUGGAAAUAGCUUUUCACAUCCAGACACACCUGAAGAUUGUGGAUGGUGAGCUGCUGCUGUGGAGUGAACAUGUGGCUCAGUGUCUGUCAGACUACGCCUCCCCCGAAUGCUGCAAACCCAACCACAGGAGGCUUCGGUGGAUAGUGUCGCGGCGGACUGCCCAGAACCUGCACUGCUACCGCAGUGUCCCCGAGCUGCCCACCAUCCCUGAGGGAGGCUGGGACGAGAGCGAGAGUGAGGAUUCAUGUGAAGAUGUGAUGAGUUCAGGUGAAGAGUCCCUCAGCAGUUCUCUGGGCAGUGAUGCUGAAGGGCCCUUCUUCCCUCUUCACUUCCGCAGCCAAAAACACCGCCAACACCUCCAGGCCUGAAGCCUCCGCCAUCCCGUGCCUCGUCAUCCCCCGACCCUCCCCUCUAACUCCUUUACUUGAUGUCUCUUAAUUUAUUGUUUAAUAAGCUCCGGUGUUGGUGGAGAAUCGCACAACUGGCAGCUGCUCAGUCUGGACUCUUCUGGUAGAUCUGGUAGAUUUUAAUUUGUAGAUGUUUUGAUGCAUGUUGAGAUGUCACAUUCCAGGGUGCAGAUUUUUUUUUAGGAUAUACAGGUGAUGUUUGGCAGAUAAGCUCUGGUCGACUCAAUUCAGUGACUGGCCUUUGAGGUGCUGAGCUGGCCGACAGAUCGGACCAGAAACAACUCUCAUUGUUGACAAGAGGAUAAUAUGCCAAAAACAUGUUGAUUAUUUAAUAGAAUGUUUUUAUGACUGUUAUUAAUCUAAGACUGUUUUUAUUAAGGGAGAGGACGACUUUUCCCUUUGUACAGAGGCUGAGAGCGGCCACGGUCGUAUAGUUUUGUUUCGUUAUCUUGCUUAAGGUAGUUAUUCAGAGAAAAAGACUAAUAACGAAAUGUCAAGCUGUUACCUUGGGGUCAUAACUGAACUUUCUUAUGUGAUGAACUCAAAUGAUGUUUUCAGUUACCCUGGGGUAAACCCUGAAGUCCUCAUCCCCACUAAACUGUCAACAUGACAGAGUUUGGGGGUAACAGGCUUGAAAACGAAAGUGGAGCGUUGUUUGUCAUUUCUUGAGAUAAUCUCCAUAUUUGAGUGAAAACUAUCCGACUGCGAAUGCUCCGAUCCUCUAUAGGAAAGUUUAAUUUGCACAGUUUUCUUUUUCUCAUUUUAAGUGUUAAAUGGUGGGAUUGGAGGUUGAAGUUGGUGUCUGAAGGGAAACUCUGAUGUUGGCAAUGUUUUUAUUUGCAACAGCAAGUUUUCCUGCAGAAUCAAACCCUGCUGACACCACAGGGGGUUCAGAUAAAAAAAUUGAUUACGUGUGUGUUUGUGGGUGUGUGUACGUAUGAACCUGGUUUGAAUUUAAAGUUGCCAAUUUUAGGAUGUAGCUUAAUAAAGUCUUUGAUGUUUUGAAACUGUUCAGAGAGAAUGUGGAAGAACAAAAUGAUGCUGACCAAGUGUCAAAAAAAGUCUAAAAAAUAUUAAAAAUGUAAAAAAAAUGUUAAUACAAAAACAUGUAAAACUGUAAAUGAUGUACAAAAAAAUCUGUUAAUAGUUCUUUGUAGAUAUUAAGUUAUUUAUUGUUUUCUUUGUCACGUACUGAAAAAGAAAAUCUUAUAAAAAUAUUAUUUUUAA